GUUUUACUGAUUUACUCCGUAAUUAUUAACUGAGACAGAGAGCGAUACAUAUCGUCAAUGUUUAACCCUUUCUCCCGCCGUCAUUGUUAACCAUUUUCCCCCCAUUUUUAUUCCGCCUAUUUGUUCUUCACUUCUGGAAGUUACACUACUCCGACAGUAUUCCGAUUUCUCUAAUGGCUCCUUCUCAGAAAUUCACGGAUUACGAGUGUAAGAGACUGGAAAACAUCAAGCGCAACGAGGAAAUGCUCGUCGCCUUCAAAAUUCCUUCCCACGUAUCAGAUCUCUCUGCUGCAACCGCCGCCGUCAGGAUGCAGAAAAGACCAUAUAAUAAAAGGCUAAAAUCUGAAGCUCCACUUCGUCAUUCUCUAAGGACUCGAGGAAAGCCUCCAGAUACUUCUACAGUUGGUGGCCUGAGACAUGACCUUGUUGGAUCCAAAAUCAGGGAUAAACUAAGCAAAGAAAACUCACUGUCGAAUUUGGUUAGAGAGCCUGUACCUAUCAAUAUGAAAGAUGCUUACAGGGGUGUUACUACAGGCUCAAACCAGCAAUUAAUUGAAACAAUUAAGAGUUUAUCAAGAAAGCCAAAAUUGGAUGAGAAGGCUGAUCAAAAACCUAAUUUUUGUGAUGUUGACAAGAUGACCAGGCCUUCAUUUUCAGUAGAUAUAGACUCAUUGAGAUUGGAACCGGAAAGUAUUGCUCAGGUUGUGCCAGGAAGAAUACUUAAUGUGAAGUUUUUCCCAGCAAGAGAGAUGAAAAUGGUUGUCGCAGGAAACAUGCAUGGAAAUAUAGGUUUCUGGAAUGCUGACGCAAAAGAGGAGGAUGGAGAGGGACUUUAUGUUUACCAACCUCAUUCUGGUCGAGUAUCAGGGAUAGUGAUUGAACCAUUUACAAGGUCAAAGAUGAUUACAUCUUGUUAUGAUGGGUUUAUCAAGUUGAUGGACAUUGAGAAGGAGUUAUUUGAUUCGAUAUAUAUAAGCAACUCUCCUAUACAUGCUAUAUGUCAAAGUCCAGGCGAUAGGAAUUCAUUAUAUUUCGCAGAGGGAAGUGGUUAUUUUGAAAUAUGGGAUUUGAGAGCUGGAAAAUCAUCAUCAUCAUCUAGGAAGUUACAUGGAAACAUGAUCAACUCUAUAGAUUUUAACUCGGAGAAUAUUAAUACUAUGGCUACAAGCUCUUCUGACAAAACUGUCUGUAUCUGGGAUAUGAGAAAUGUUGGCUCUAAUAAACUCAAACCUUUGAGAACUAUUCACCAUAAAAGACCUGUGCAUUCUGCUUACUUUUCACGAUCUGGUCGACUUCUUGCAUCAACAAGUUAUGAUGACAAAAUAGGCUUGUCAAGUGGAGCUAAUUAUGAAGAUGUAAGUAUGGUUCAUCACGAUAAUCAAACACACUCACAGAUUUCCUCAUUCAGUUUAACAUUCACCCUUUCUGCUCUUCCACUGCCGGCUGACCUUAAUCACCGUCCUAGGCUGCAGACUCAGCGCCCCCUGUGUGCCAGUAAACUUAGUUUGAAAAUGGCAGCUUACUUGUGGAGAAAAUAUGCGGAUUACUUGUACACAAAAUGGGAAAGGACAAUUCUUUGGGACAUGGUAGAGCCAUACAGAAGACCAAAGACAUUUACUCCGCUUGUAACAGUUUACAUCUGUGCCUUUUAUACUGGUGUCAUUGGUGCAGCCAUCACUGAACAACUCUAUAAGGAGAAAUACUGGGAGGAUCAUCCUGGAGAAUCAGUACCUUUGAUGAAACCAAUAUUUUAUGGUGGGCCUUGGAGAGUAAUGAGAGGGGACGUUCCUCCAACUGGAAAAUUUGAGUUUUGAAACGGCUGCUGAUACUUUACACCCCCGCAUAGACCCCUCCCUAUGUCCAUUUUGUUCCAAGUUCCAAACAUUUGUGCAUAAGAUAUGUGCCUUGUCAUCUUUGGAUGUUCCAGUGGCUUUUUGGAGUGUGGAUUUUUUUGCAUCCCCCUUGACUUUCCCAAAUGUCUAUUUUCAUGGAUUGUGGAGCAUGUUAGAUGGUUUUAUACAUAAUAGUCUAGACUCUAGAGAAGUAUUCAGUUAUAGAAAUAGAAUUGGAGGCAUGGGGGUCCCCUUGGUGACUUUUGCUUUGAUUAAAAUCGGGGGAUAAAAAUACAUUUCUGGUGCCUUUUAAGAUUAUGGUUUUGUUGGUAUGACAAGAAUCCCUGUUUUCCCCUUUGUAGUUGUGGCUUCAUUUUGUUACUUGGAAGUUGGAACAUAGUGGUUUUUCUGCUGUCUCAGUUUGCAGAUUGAACUGAUUGAAUUGAUGUUGCUUUUUUUCUUUCUUUGUGGCUUGCUAUUUGUUAUGCUAAUUUGGGGUGAAUGUUUCUACAGA